AUGUGGAUUGCAUUUUUGCUGUGUAUAGCCUAUGCUCAAGUAGAAGUCAAGCUCUCCACACAAUGGAAAGGCCCAAGCGAAAAAAGCUUGAUUCAAGAAAUGAGGUAACUAUCACCUAGUGAGUAUUUUGCUGAAAUCGGUAUUUUCUGGGAAUUUUUGGAUAAAAUUUUGAUUGAGAAUGAACUAAAUUUUGAAAAACUGGCCGAGAAAGUGUCAAGAAGUGACAUUGAAAAAAAAGUCUUGCUAUCUUCUUUAUACAACAGAGAGUUUUCUGCAAGAAUGGAGUUCUAUUCAAAAUUAGAAAUUCAUGAUCGAAAAUCCUUAACAGAAGAUUGCAGAGUCUUUUACAUGAUAAACUCAGCACCAUCUUGCAAACUCGAUCAAGCUUUAUUUAGUACUCCGCCAAGGACACAAUACAGCUUUGAUCACACUAUUUAUGAAAAUCUAAACUCAGUCACUGCAUAUGUCGAUAUCACAGAUCCUCAAUUCCAAAAAACUCACCAAGAAAUCAAACAGUUCUGUAUUGAUAAUAACUCAACUUAUAUCCUCACUCCCCCUCCUUUAAAUUGGAACAAAAUUUAAUUUUAUAAUAAAAAAUUAUAUAUAAUUUUUAUCUAAAAAGUUUUGAUAUAAGUUAAAAUGUUUCUUCUUAACUAAAAUUAAAAAUUUGCUCUUGUUUAAAGAAGAAAGUAUAAAGAGCAUCUUAUUUAAAAAAAAUUUAUUAUCCUUUAUUGCUAAAUUUUAAAAAAAAAAAAAAUUUUCAAAAAAAUUUUUUUUUUGUUGAUAAAAAUGAUAUUUUUUAUUUGGAUAGUUUUGAUAUAAAUUCAAUAGGAAUUCUUUAUAAAAUUUCAAAAUUUACUUAUUUAUUGCUAUAUUUUAAAGAAUAGAGUAUAAAUAACAUCUUAUUUAAACAAAAUUAGCACUUUGAUCGAUAAAUUUUCUAAAAUUUUUUUUUUAAUUUUUUUUAUCAAUAAAAAAUAAAUAUUUUUUGUGUAAAUAAUUUUGAUGCCAAUUAAUAGUGGCGUAUUAACUAAUAAUGAAAAUUUAGUUAUAUCUUGCUUUGUUUUAAAGGAUAAGGAGUAAAUAUCAUUUUAUUAAACAAAUUUUAUUGAUCUAAUUCGAUAAGUUUUGAAUCUUUUUUUUUUAAAUUUUAUAUAAAUUUUUUUUUUAUAAAAAAAAUUUUUAUAUUGAUAUUUUGUUUUAAAAAAAUUUUCUUAACCCCCCUUUAAAUUGUAACAAAAUUUUUAGUUCCAAUUUAAAGGGGGGGGAGUCAGACAUAUUGACCUCAGAAGUGACAGCGUUGACUAUUUAGGUGGAUAUGGCGCAGAACUGCUUGUGAAAAAUAUGGAGUAUAAGCCUGUUGAAGAUGCAAAUAAGGUAGAAAGUCAUGGCAACGAAAAUUGGAAUUUAGAAGGUAAUUUCCAUAUAGAUUUACCAUUUAAAGCAUUAGUAAAGCUACUGUCAGUUUUGCCUGACUGGGAUAAAAUGGCUGCUAUUUUAGAAACUAUUCCAUUACACCUUGCAGAUUUCUCAGCUGCAAACUAUACAAAAGCGCUAAAAAGCGAAAUAAUGAUGAGUGCUUACACUAAUGCACAGGUAUUUGCUAAUUAGCUUAUUAUAAUAAUAAAAAAUGGCUCAGUGCGGAAUUAGUUCUCUCCGAGAACUAUUCCUUCCUUCGCUUUUAUUAUUAUAGGGUUCAGUUUUCCACGUGGACCUUUAUCUGCAACACCAAUAUGGAAUACCGCAUAGGGUAUUUCUUUGGUCCAGGAUACUAGGAGCACCUGGUUUUGCUGCUUGACACACCCGAGGAGGGUGACCCUUAGGCGGAACACGCGCAGGAGUCAAGUUCGGGCGAGGCCAACGCUGCCAGUGCGGACCUUCUGGCCUGACAAGUGAAGUCUUCUGGAAUGCCUACAUAUAGGGAGGAUCGCUGCUGACGUCACUAGUUGGGAUUUAAAAGGGUGGGCUAUGCAUGCCUAAAUCACCCUGCGGAAGAGGGAAGACACUUUAAACACCUAAGUAAAUAAGUAAGUAAGCUAAUUAGCUUAUUGGAGAAAACAUGUUGCUAAUAAACAACCAUUAUUUAUCACCUGAUUUCUACACAAUAAUAGGCACAUUAAGAGCAGAAAUCCAUGCUUUAGAAGAAAUUAAAGCUCUAGGGAUACCACACAAAAAUGCUCUUAAAAUCCUUGAAAAUUCUAACUUGAAACUGCAUCAAUACAAGGGACAAGGUGGGCUUAUAAAAACAGGACCUCAAACAGGACGAGUCUACAUAAAUGACUUAGAAAAUGACAAAAAAUACUCCUCGUGGACGAAAAAUUACCAAGCGUUCUUGAUGUCUUAUGGAAACGAGCUUGAAGAAGUUGCCAGGAAUUUUUUUAAUAUUAUUGCAGUUCUAGAUAUCAGGACUGAGGCAGCGUGAAACUCCGUUCAAUUUGCCUUAAAAAUGUAUCUAGAAAAUUGGCCUGUCAGAAUAGGAUUUAUUUUAAUAGGAAAUGACCCUGUUGUAAAUGUAAUUACACAAGGGCUUAAACAGCUGAAAAAUAAAGAAACAGAAAUUUUUGAAUUUCUGAUGAGUAUGAAUAAAGAUACAACUAUAGAUGACGCGAUAAAUGCAUUUAAUGCCUAUUGCACAGAUUGUGAAUUUGAUGAAGAGCUAAGCCAUACUGUUACUAGAGCUAAUAACUUCUGUGAAGAGUCAGGAAUUUGUGGGCCUGCUACUUGGAUUUUGAAUGGGAGAGUUUUAGAUGUCUCAAUCAAUCCAGAGGAAGAAGAAGAAUCUGAAAAUAAAAUCCUGCUUGAGCUGCUCAAAGAAAAACGCCAAAUUGCAAUGCUGAUAAUGUAUGGGAUGAUUGAUCCGCCACUGGAAUCAUUUUUUGAAAAUGUGAAGCAUGGAAAGCCAGUAGAAAGGCUGAACUUAGAAAUUACUCAUAAAACUUCUACAGAAAUUGAUUUAAUUAAACACAUAGAAAAAGGGUUUAUAGUGGAACUUAAUGAUUUGCCUAAAGUGGCGACUAUUACGGUUAUUGCAGAAGAUACAGAUAAAGAUUUAGUUAUGCAUACAUUGGAAAUUUUUAAGAGAUUUUCUCAUUUAGGGCUAAGAAUUAGAUAUAUUUUUAAGUCCUCAGAAAUUAGCCAGGAAUGGUAUAAAAUAUUGUGCUUUUUGAAAAAUUUGAAGGAAAAAAAGAGAAUUGGAAAUGUUGAUUUUGGAGAAUUUCAAUGCGAAUACAAAGAAGAUGAAAUUAAGAAGGAUUUUGGAGGAUACAAAGGAAAUUUGAAAUCUGUUGUGAUUGUCAAUGGAAGAAUUAUCCAGAAGAAGUUCAUAAAGUCUUUUAGAGACAUAAUGAUUGCCCAUGAGACAGAAUCUUCUAGAGUUGGAGUAGAUGAAAUUUUGGAAGGAAUUUCUAGUAUAGUUCCACCGAGCGAACAAUCAAAUAUUAUUGAAAAUAUUUCUUUAAUAUUGCUGAAUCAUGUAAAAUUUUUGCCAUAUUUUGCCCAAUACUCAUCUCAUCCAAUUCCGCAAAAUAUGCGAAAACCUUCCAUAACAAAAUUUGUAGCGUCUGACAGUGAAAUUAACUUUAGAGUUGAUAUGCUGCUGAACCCAUUAAUUCUCCUGCUUCUUGGUUAUCGAGCAAAACAAUAAGAAAAAUGUCUACUUUUUGAGGAAAUUAACGCUGUUGAUACCAGCAAAAAUUUUUAAUAUAAAAGUUUGGUACAGACUAUAUUUUGAUAUAUAAUUAAUGCUUAUAACGAUUACAUCUCAAGCAAAUUAUUAUAUAUAUAUAGAUAAAUAUUUCCUUUAAAUAUUCAAAUUAUUCAUAAAAAAUGAUUUCUAUUGUCACUACAAAUUUUUUUAAAAUAAAUUCAUUUUUUUUCAUUUAUAAGGAAUGUAAGUGAAAAAGGUCAGAUUCUUGCAUCUCUCGGAAAAUGGCUCUUAUCCUUAGGCUCCUCAGUUAAUGCAACAUUAAACCCAGAUCUUGACCCUAAGAAAAAAAUCCUUCCUAUUAAUAGAUUCCAUAAAAUCAAUAUAAAAUCGAAUUUCGAUGAUUUCAUGAAGCUAGGCGAAACGGUUCCUUAUGACGGCUAUUUCAUAAAGAUUAUUUUUUUGACCUAUUGUUUUAAUGCUAAAAAUUUAUAAUAUAACUUAUGCCGAAAACAAUAGACUAAAAUUGAUUGAAAAUCAUCUCGAAAUAGUCAAAAAACUAGGUCAAAAAUCUAGGUGAAAAAAAAUAGGUAAAAAAAAUAGACCAAAAAAAAUCAUGAUGAAAUCUCAUCCUAUUAAGACGCGAGGCGAAACAAGCGGCAAGACUUUUACCCUAGGACUUGACGUUCCUGAAUCCUGGGUCGUCAGGACAACUUCAUCAGAUGACCUCGACAAUUUAAUGCUAAACGAGCCUAUAAGUGUAAGUUAUGAGCUUAAAAAUCUUUUGGCGACUGGCCAAUGCACAGAAUAUGUCCAAGGCUACGAAACUGAGCCUCCUAGUGGCUUACAGCUUGCCUUGAUAAACAGCACACAUAUGAUUUCAGAUACAAUAGUGAUGAAAAAUCUCGGCUACUAUCAAUUCAAAGCAAAUCCUGGCAUUUACAACAUUUCCCUAUUUCCAGGAAGAAGCGAAGAGUUAUUUACUAUUAUGAAUUCUCCAGAAAUUAUAGCCAAAGACCUAUCAGGAACCACACAGAGGUUAAGUGUCUCUAAAAGGCCAGGGUAUGAAAAUGAGGUCCUCCUGAACUCUGAGUCAAUUGAAGAUCUAGGAGACGUAAUCCACAUUUUUUCGUUAGCCAGUGGCAAGCUAUAUGAGAGAUUAAUGAAAAUCAUGAUGCUUUCAGUCAUGAGAAACACAAAUUCCAAGGUAAAGUUUUGGCUUUUUGAGGACUUUUUCACACAAAAUUUCAAAAAUUCAUUAGAAGCGUUUUCUAAAAAAGUCGGUUUUCAGUAUGAGUUUGUCAGCUACAAGUGGCCGAGCUGGCUUUUUGCACAAAGAGAGAAACAGAGGAUUAUAUGGGCUUAUAAAAUACUGUUCCUAGAUGUGAUGUUUCCAUUAAAUGUCAAAAAAAUCAUUUAUAUUGAUGCUGAUCAAGUAGUGAGGGCAGACAUAAAAGAGCUGUGGGACAUGGACUUAGAAGGAGCUCCAUACGGGUAUACACCAUUCUGUGACUCUAACCCUGACACUGAAGGCUUCAGAUUUUGGAAGCAGGGGUAUUGGAGAGACCAUCUCAAAGAUCUGCCUUACCAUAUAAGUGCUUUAUAUGUAAUUGACCUAUUUAAGUUCAGAAGUAUGGGUGCUGGAGAUAUUUUAAGGUAUUUUUACGAAACAAUGGCACCUAACCCUGACUCCUUGUCUAACUUAGACCAAGAUUUGCCUAACUUUGCCCAGUAUCAGGUCCCUAUCAAGUCUUUGCCUAGCGAAUGGCUUUGGUGUGCUACUUGGUGCUCAGAAGAAACUAAAUCCAAAGCAAAGACUAUUGACCUCUGCAAUAACCCACUCACAAAAGAACCCAAAAUCCACGCAGCGAAAAGGAUCAUUUCUGAAUGGGAAGAGUACGACAAUUUCAUAAGGAACUUUGAAAACCCAGAGAAGCCCCCAGAAGUAGAAGAAAUACCUAAGAAAAUAGAUUUAUAG